AUGGCAGAUAAACCAGCAGACAAGGCCGAAGAUAGACAAUUCAUCCUCCAACGCCCAGAGCGCAAAAAACAAGACGAUGGAAAAAUCUAUAUUGGAGCGCUUCCAAACAUAGCUCAGAUCCUUUACGAAAUUAGUGACCUUCUCGAGGCAAAAAAUAAACCAUGUGUGGUGGUUAGAGGCCUCGGACGUGGAGCCACAUCAACUCUGAGAAUCAUGGAGAUUGUUCAGCACACAAAACCGUAUCAUGCCGUUGUUAAGACAGACCUCUUCAGAGGAGAGAACGUCUUUGUGUGUGAAGCUGACAAGAAAGAAGUCAAAAUUCCCAAGUUAAUGACUUCAGUGGAGGUUACAUUCUAUAUGCAAAAACCCGAAAAUGUAAAAGCUGAAGAGUACUUUGCACCACUCUCUGAUGAUCAGCUUGAGGUAUUUAAGAACAGACCAAAACGUGUACCAAGAAGAACAGCUGGUUACGUCAGAAAUGGUAAUCGAAGAUUUAACGAUAGAAGAGAAGACAGAAGAAACGCACCAGAGAAGAAAGAAGAGAAAGAAGAAAAGCCACAAAAGGAGGAGAAACAAGAGAGACAGCAAGAAGAGAGAAGAGAAGAGAGACCACAAGAGGAAAGACGAUACAAAGGUUCUGCAUAUCCAAGAAGUGGAAAUUCGGGUUACAGAAAUCAAAGAUAUGACAGACCAAGAUAUGGAGGUGACAGAAACAAUUACGGCCGUUAUGAGGGACAUUAUGAAAAGUAA